AUGUGGUCCAGUUCAAGCUCGCAUCGACCCUGCUAUCAGAAGAAUGAUCUUCCCACAUCCUUACAGCGCCUUGUUGGAAGGCCAAUCGACCCUCUUGCCUAUGAGCUGCUCGAGGCCAAGAGUCAGGAGCAUGACAUGAUCUACAGACUUUUGGACGAGCUUGUUUCACAAGCGAGCAGACGAUCUCGGACUGCAGGGCAUGUGCCCGAGUCUUGGCGCGUCAAAGACGAUACGUCACCUGAAGAAUAUCUUGAGCUGUGUCAAAAUCUUCUUGUCCGGGAGACCGCCGAAGAGUUUUGCGCUUUGGGCAACCUGGCCAAGGAGCCGGACUUUGAUAUUGCCUUCAAUCGUCGCGAUGAAGAUGACAUUACACAAGGGCUGCUGAUUCAUCGAGUAUGCCCCAAGGGUGCGUCUUUGAACGCUGAUGCACUGCGGCAACAACUGAGCACCUUCAGAAGCACUCUGUUUGUUUGGGAGGGCCGCCUUUGCUUUGCCAAGCAGCCAUACGUGAAUUGCCCUUGCCGCAAAGAGUCUGAGAGAAAUGGGACCUGUGCAUCGGAACUGAAGCACGAAAAUUCGUUGAAUGACAUUGUUGACAUUGUCGAACGGCUCCGAACAAAUGAGAAGAGUCAACACGAAUCUGCCGACGCCACCCAUGCCGACAAUGAUCCUGAUGGAGCUGAUGCUGACCAAGCUUCACGUAGCUCUGAUACCCCCAAUGCUGUCACGCAGUCGGCUGAUGUUGCCCAGGUCCCCAGUGAUGAUCCUUCUGCUGCUGCUGUGGCGACAGACUCAUUGAAAUGCUUGCUCCACCCAAACGCGACGCUGCAAGUGCCGUGUUGCGUGGGCCCCAGUGUCGAAGCCUUUGCCGCCCCCAGCGUCAUGAAACUGCCUUCCUCACGCAUCCGGCAGCUGAACUCGCUGGCAACGAUGCUCACCACCGUCGCCUUGCUUGGUACAGCACUCGACUAUCUUGCAAGGCAGGAUAAGCGAGCCGCCGACUUGGAGCACUGGCUGGAGGUAUUCUGCAGACCACAACGUCGUCGGCCGUGUCUCCAGCUGCAACCACAGCCCAGGGCCACAGCGAAGGACCCAAGCCAAGAUGAACACAAAAAAGUUGUGAAAAAGUUUCAACAUGAGCUGGAAGUUGUGCAAGGUCCACCAGGCACGGGCAAGAGCACCCUCCUUUCUCGCGCAGUCGCCCACUGCGCUGAAUCAGCCUUUUCAGAAGAUGGAGACAACUUCCUACCCCAUGCCAUACUGAUCGUUGCUGUUCAAAACAAAGCUUGCGAAAAUAUCCUGCAACGUCUUGAUUCUGAAAACGUCUCCAUGAAUCAAGUCCUUGUCUUGGGGACGGAGCGCCACGCCGAUCGCCUGGGACCAUGGCAACGCUGCGCCUUGAUGCAAAAUCAUCAAGAACGUGACCCAGAUGUGCAAGCUUGGUAUGCAGCCUUUAACAAUGCGUCGAAUUCAGAAGCGCGUGAGAAACUACACGAUCGCCUCCAACUUGCCCUUCGGAAAGCGGAGCUGAGCCUUUGCGCGACGGCCAAGAUUGUGGUUGCCACCUUGGACUCGGUGCAGCUUUUGCUCACCAGCAGGCGACUGAUGCUCCUGCGUGACCGGAUCAAAUGCAUUUUUUGCGAUGAAGCAGGUACCCUUCCUGAGUUCCGCGUGCCCAUCUUCUCUUUCUUCGAUACAAAGUUUGUUCUCUUGAUCGGUGACACAAAGCAGCUUCCACCCUUUACUCGGUUGCCCUACGAAACCGCUCGAGGCCCCCUUUCUCCGAUGGCCCGCAUGCAAAAGUGUCUGGGACAGGCUGGCGUACACAAGCUAACGCAGCAGUAUCGGUCACAUCCAGUGAUCAGCAAUUUCGUGUCGAAGCUCUUUUAUGAGGGCAGCUUGCAUACUCACGAAAGCGUGCACUCGCGCAAAUGCAAACCCGGCCUGGAAUACUUUGAGGGCUUGCGCUACGAAUACACUCAUCAAGAUGAUGAUCAUCAGGAACAGACGGUGGAAGAGCUUGUGGCGAUCAGCCAGCCAAACUGGAUCGAAUGCCUUUGCAAGGAAUCUAUGAUGGACGUCGCGCGUACCUCCUAUGUAAACCUGAAGGAGGCUCUGGCGGUGCAGGAGCAGCUGGAGAAAAUUUUGCACCGCGUCGCCACAGCGCAACAACUAGCCUCGGGCCCAUCUACCCCGGAAGAAGCCUCAGAAGCCUCAGCCUCGGGAGAAGCCUCGGUCAUGCCUUGUGUGACAGUCGACGUGAUCACAUUUUACAAGGCUCAGGUUCGCGUUUUGGAACAGAGACUUCUAUUUUUGGGUAUCAUUGCGAAGGGCGUGCAGUACAAUGUGCGCAUCGAGGUUAAGACCGUGGACGCUGCUCAAGGCUCAGAGGCUGAUGUGGUUAUCUUGUCCCCUGUGCGCUGCCACGCAUUGACGGACGACAAGACGCUUGGUUUUCUCCAAGAUGUGCGUCGCCUGAACGUGGCAUGCUCUCGUGCACGUUCCGCACUCAUCGUCGUUGGUUGCUUGUCUUACUCACAUGGACCUGAUGCUACGCGCGUGUGGGAUCUCUACUCGUACUUUCGGGACGUCGCGGGCAACUUUACAACCAUCCCGCAGUUCUUUCGCCAGCGCGGCUACUACACCGUAGGCAUGGGCAAAAUCUUCCAUCCCGGUCACGCGUCUGGUCAAAACUCAACUCAUUGCACCGACUGCUCUGGGGGCGAUGAUCUGUCCAACUCGUGGGACACCUAUUUCCAUGCUCCCAACACUGACUACCCCCUCGCUCGGUGCGUUCAAGAACACAAUCGACAAGUCCUUUUGAUGGCUUGUGCCACUCAUUCAAUGCACCGGAUUUCACGCACCAGGGGCGAUGGAGCACACGCUUGGUAUGACGUAUCCAAAGAAGAAGAGGAGGAGUACCCACUGCCAGAUACACAGAUGGGCCGUGUCAUUACAGCGCUCUCGGAUCUGGGGCUAGCCGAUGACACCGUCAUCAGCUUUUGGGGCGACCACGGCUGGCAGCUCGGCGAUGCGGGCAUGUAUUGCAAGCACACCAACUUUGAGCCCGCCACCCGAGCACCCAUGCUCGUGCACGCCCCAGGUCUGACCGACAACGGCAUCAUGUCUACUCAUUACACUGAGCACAUCGAUUCCAACGAAUGGGCUGAGUUGGACAGCACGCCGACUGCCAGCAUUUGUCUCUCGCGCGCAUGCGUCAUGGGCUACACGGUGGUGACUCAUGUCGAGGGUAGCGAGUAUCGCUACACCGAGUGGGUUGAGUUUAACAACGAGGACAACCCGAAGCGCAUGGACUGGUCUCGUAACUUUGGGACCGAAUUGUACAACAUGACGGCAUUGGGUGCAGAGCCCAACGUCAACAUUGCGGGCUACAACUCAAGUGCCGCUGUUGUAGGGGUUCUGCAGCCUCUCUUGCAUAGAGGACCUGAGCCCUCGGGCUGGAACCCUUGGCAAGACGAGUAG